GAAGAAUAUAGUAAAUGGAAAAGUUGAAAAUGGAAUACGUGUUUUCCAAAUCCGAAGGCAAACCGCAGAACCAUUCCGCCUAUUUCCCCUCAUUUUUCCCUUUUUGAUUUCUUCUUUAUUUUUUGGCUCACCUGAAAAUGAUGGAGCAGCCCACCCCCAUCACUAAGACAGAAAACGAUGAUGAAAUGAAAUCAGUUCCAUUGGAGCCCGAUGCUAAAGAUCCGAACCCGUUGGCUGGAACCGGCCCCGACCCGAAGCCCGAUGGCGGUGCCGCAUUAAAGCCAGCGGAUAAAGCCGAUAUAAAUGGCCGCGGCAGCAGCUUUGAUGGGGAUUCCAAGGGGAAGAAUAGCGCUGCGGAGGAGAGUGGUACUGACCCGGCGGCGGAGGGUUUGAAAACGAAGAAAUCAGUGCGGUGGAGCCAGGAGCUGGUGAUGGAAAAACCGAUCCCGAGGGAUUCCGAUAGCGGAUCCGGCAAUCCGUACGUCAAUUACUCGCCAGCGCCCGCCGCUAAUUCCUCCUCGUUCAAUUUCAAAGAAACUAUGGGCAGUGUGAAGGAUGUGUUGGGGAAAUGGGGGAAGAAGGUUGGAGAAGCAACAAAAAAGGCCGAGGAUCUUGCCGGGAACACUUGGCAGCACUGCUGUUGGGUGAUUGCUUAUCCUUCUGUUCCUUUUCAGUUUUGGGAUAAGCACGAAUAUAUUCUUCUCGCAAAAAUGUUGAAAACAAGCCCUAGUCUGGCGGAUGCUGCCCUAGGAAGAAUUGCUCAAGGAACAAAGGUUCUAGCUGAAGGCGGUUACGAAAAAAUAUUUCGGCAGACGUUUGAGACGGUUCCUGAGGAGGAGCUGAUGAAUUCAUUUGCGUGCUACUUGUCAACAUCAGCUGGCCCUGUCAUGGGUGUUUUGUACGUCUCCACUGCAAAGCUUGCAUUUUGUAGUGAUAACCCGCUUUCUUACCAAGAUGCAGAUAAGACUGAGUGGAGCUAUUAUAAGGUUGUUAUCCCAUUGCAUCAAUUAAAAGCGGUGAAUCCUUCAACAAGUAGGACCAAUCAAUCUGAAAAAUACAUCCAGAUUAUAUCUGUCGAUAAUCAUGAAUUUUGGUACAUGGGCUUCUUAAAUUACAGCGGGGCUGUAGAAUGCUUGCAGCAGGCCUUACAAGCUCGUGAGAAUCAUGCUGUGUAAAUGUUGUCCAUCCAGGCUUCAAUCUUACAAAUUUGCAAAAAGUCGAGCUUUUUUCAUACUGGGAGGCGUACUUGGGUACUCUUUUGCCCUCACAAGAAAACACAAUCUAUAUUCAGAAUUCUCGAUAAAUGUGUUGUUACUCUGCCUUUGUUAAAGACGUGUGUGUGUGUGUGUGGUUGUAACAUUAGAGUUAAACUUGAGAAGAAAGCAUUUUUGCUAAAAAGACACAAUUUACUUGUUGAGUUGGCAAAAGAACAUUUUGUGCUUUUUGAUUAACAAUUCUUCUUGCAUUCUCUCCACAUGCUAGUUUGUUUCUUGGAUUCCUUACAAAGAAUUGAUACUGAAAACAUAUGUUGGAGUCGGUUACUUGAUGUACGUUGUGAAUCGGAAAGCUUGUUUGAAAUUUAUGUCAGAGUUUUAAUUUUGGUUUUUGCAUUUAAUUUUUAUUUGAUUGUUGAUUUAGUGGAGCAAUAGUUUUGGGUUGAGCUCAUUGUCGUUAUUUUUGUAUUCGGUUCUUCUGAUGUACUAUUUAUUUCUUAUCGAUUAAGG